AUGCUCAAGCUGGCUGGCGUCUACCUGAUAAUUCGCCUUCUGCCACACGCGGCAGGAGAUGAUGUCCCUUUGCAACCUCCAAGCUCUGAUACCUGUCCACGCAGUAGUGGAACCCUUUUUAUCCAGCAUCGCUCGACUUCAGGCGUGAUUGUUGCCUCCGAGCACCAACAUGCUUCCUGGGUGGCCUCAGCUUACGGGGAUUGCACUCGAAUUUGCCUGUCCUCUCUCAAAAAGUCGCGACCAAAUUUGGCCUUUCAGCAACGCAAUGUGACGUGCAACUCGACUGAUGGAGAUCUGCUGCCUGCUGCUCUUUGCGAGCAGUAUGCCAAGCCGAGACGCUUCAGGCGGUGCCACUGUGGCGUUAUGGGUUGCUCCAACCAGUGUGAGCCCAUCGACGAUGUUGAGGACGAGCUCGAAGGAGGUGACGACACGGACGCGCAGGUGGAAUCUGACACCAACUUCGAAUGCAUGGGCUGCUUCGCAGCAGGAGAUGACGGAAAUGUUUCGGAAGAUGGGGCUGACGAGAUUUGCAUCGACUGGAAUCAGGAUACACCAUGCCGUGGUGGUAUGCCGUUUUUCAGAAUGCGGUCGAACGAGCUCACAGCGCCAUUGUGUUUUGAGUUCUGCAUUAGUCAAGGCCUAGAUUUAUUUGCUUUGGUUGAGAAUGAUGAAUGCCGAUGUGGGGCAACUCGCCUGAACCGAGCCGUUUGGGGAGGAAUCCCCCGGCCUGGUCUCACCUUGCCAUCUCCUUUGAGCAGCUGCGAGACCCAAGAUUCAUGCCCGAUGCGAGUUUACCGCUGGGUGGGCCCAUUUGAAGGAGGCGGAUCGGUCCGUGCGCGCUUUAUCAAGCUCAGUGCUGCCUCUAUGGCCUACGUCGAUUCUGUGGUCGCAGGUAGACGAAUUACUCCCGCGGUAUUGGAGGAUGGCGUGCCAUUUGAUGAUGGAGAGCCAACUGAUGAAAGCCUCCUUCAAGGCGGUGAAGGCUUAGCCAAUCCCAUGUGGGAGAGGCCUUGCAAUGACAAUCCUGGUUGCCAAGCUGGUCGGCCAUGGAUUGAGCGUACCACAGAGGCACCGGAGGGCAUGGUUCCACAGUGGGAGGAGUAUGUGAUAGUGCGUUACAAGUUUGACACAGAUGUGGACAACACCCGGAAAGAGGCCUUCAGAGCGGCGGCAGCGGACUGGCGCACUCACACGUGUGUUGCAGUGAUUGAGGAUGACAACGCCAGUUAUCCUUUUUAUUUGAUUGGUAUCUACGAUACUGGGAGCUGCUGGUCCAAUUUGGGCAGGCCUUCCAGCCGUGGAAGGAUUAAUUUGGGAUGGUGCAAGAACAUGAAUCACAAAGGUAGCAUGAUCCAUGAAAUCGGCCACUGUCUGGGGAUCAACCACGAGCAGAAAAGGGCAGACGCUCAAGCGGAGUACUAUGGAAAGGGCCCCGCUUUGAAAAUGUACUGGGAGAACGUUGACAGUCGAUGGGUGUCACAGUACCUUCCCUCAGAGAGGACGUACAUCGGCUCGGCUGAUGAUGGUGGAGCGGAUCCGCAAAUUGGUCAUGCCGCAUACGACUACGAGAGCAUCAUGCACUACUACCGACAGAGAAGCAGCAAUCGCACGAUUGCUAACGGGUACUACUUCGAUGCGAUCCCCACGUCAAAUAACAAGCUGGUUGGCAAUCGCGACCAUUUAUCUGAGGGUGACAUAAGGGGUGUCUUAGAUGCCUACAGAUGCCGGUUGAUUGGCGGCACCACUGGAACUACUACAACCACCACCACAACCACGACAACCACCACAACCACAACGCGGGAGCGGCCCCCGCCUGUGUCCGGUCCUUUCUUGGAAGUUGGGGAGAUCACUGUGACAGGUCAAGGUGGCUGGCAACUCUUCAACUUGCGCAGCCCCUUUGAGCAACCGCCCGUGAUCGUUCUACUCCCAUCGGGACAGGCAGUUCCUGCUACUGUUCGAAUUCGGGGUGUCACCAAAGACGGAUUUGAGGCACUUGUUGCUGUGCCACCGGGUCAAUCUGGAAACCAUUCUGCCAUGUCAAUUUCAUACAUGGCAGCGGCAGCUGGUGUUCAUCAGCUUCCUGAUGGCAAAAGGUUCGAAGCUGGGCGCAUGCAAACCAUGGCCAGACAAGCCUCCACCAACUGCCAGGGUUCUGUGUCCCGAAGCUGGGCGACGCUUGAUUUCUGGGGCCCGUUUGGAGCGCCUCCGGCGCUCAUGCUCACGUUGCAGACCGCCCACAACGAGGAUGGAAACGUACCAGCAACGUUUUCUAAGCCGUGGCUUGCCGUUGCUGCGUCUUCGCUGUCGGCGCUGUCUGUUCAGAUUGCUUUGGAGUCUGGAGAGACGGCCAGUGUCGGAACAGUCGCAGUGCCGGAGGAAGUGGGGUACGUUGCCAUGGAGGUGGGGCAAGGAAGCAUUCAGGUUGCCUCGCAACAGAUUUUCUACACGGCGCUGGUUACUGGACUUGUUGUAAAAGGCUUGGAUGAUGGUGUCACGCAGGUAUCCUUGCAGACAGACCUGCAGACCACUUCUCCUCUCCUGAUUGGGAGCCAAAUCACUCGAGAAGGAAGCGACGGUGGAUUUCUUCGAGUUUCUUCCGUGGCUAGCUCAUCAGUCUCCAUCUUCAUUGACGAAGAUACAUACUGCGAUGAUGAGAGGAAGCACACCAGUGAGCAAGCAGCAUUGAUAGCUUGGUCAGACAGCAUUGAGUUGCCAGGCGGAUACAGCACGAGCCCUGCAAGUUCCACAACAACGAUGGUCACCACAACCACGCCGACUAUAACCACCACAACGACCACAACAUCAACCACAACCACCACAACCACCACAACCACCACAACUACGACGACUACCACAACCACCACAACCACGACGACCACUACAACAACCACAACCACCACAACCACCACAACUACGACGACUACCACAACCACCACGACCGCCACAACCACUACGACCACCACAGCAACGACAACGACUCCGAUGGCUACCAGCACGUCUUCUGUAUCGACCACCUAUGCAAGCGGCUAUGCGAUGGUUGAAGUUGGCACAGCGAUGGUCAGAGGCGACAGUACUGCGUGGCAAAGCAUCUCCUUCCAGAACUACUUCGAGGGGCCGCCUGUAGUGGUGGUGCUGCCGGGGGAUGGUGGUGUGGGGGCCCCCGUCCCAUUGACCAUGCGAAUCAAAUCAGUGUCUGCGACUGGCUUUCAGGCCUUAAUUGUGGUUCCGCCUGGUCCGACCGUCGCCAACCGGUCAGAUAUGGCGGUGUCUUACAUGGCUGUUCUACCCGGAGUGCACACGCUUCCUGACGGAAAGCGUCUCGAAGCCGGGCGGAAGGAGAUUUCAGCAAGACAAAUCGGUACUAGCUGCAAGGCUCAAGGAGUCGUGGCAGGCUGGGACGUAGUCAGCUUCCAGACACCAUUCUUUUCUGCGCCUGCUGUGGUAGCAAACUUGCAGACAGCCAACAACGAGAAAGGGGCCGUGCCCAGAUUCUUUUCCAAGCCAUGGCUCACUUUAGCGUGUCACCAGCUUUCCAAGGCGGAACUGUCAGUUGCCUUGGAGUCAGCGGAGACCUCCAAAGUCGGAGAUGUCAGUCUCUCAGAGCAAAUGGGGUAUGUGGCCAUGGAAGUUGGACACGGCAGCUUCGAUACAGAGCUGGGAGCAUCAGUCACCUACAGUGCCGUGUUGACAGGAACGGAUGUGAAGGGUGUAGAUGAUGGAGCCACGGAGGUGGGGCUGGGUGUGGACUUGAUGACCAGCGCACCUCUCGUGGUGGCCAGCCAGACGACGCGCAACGGAGAGAAUGGUGGUUGGCUCCGAUUGUCCAGCUCGUCCAGCUCCUCGGUAAGCCUUCACGUUGACGAAGAUGUUUACUGCGACAGAGAACGCGCGCAUACAGGCGAAGUGGCAAGCAUCCUUGCUUGGUCUACAGCAUUUGCCAUUGGGCCCAUGACCACUACAACGACUACAACAAUCCCCUUCACAGGAUCUGCAAGUCUGCAGGUCGGUGAAGUGACUUUGCGAAGUGGGGUAUGGACCAGUGUGGCCUUUACCGCCGCUUUUGCUGACAUUCCAGUCGUUGUGCUUGCACCCUCUGGCGAAGGUGGCCUCCCUGCAAGUGUCCGAAUCAAAGGAGUAACCAACAGCAGCUUCCAGGCUAUUGUCGCAACACCGCCAGGCAGCAACAUAGUCGGCAGCCCGCAGAUUAUCAUGACUGUGAGUUUCAUGGCAAUGCCGGCUGGUGCGUCUCAGCUCCAAGGUGGGCUCUGGCUUGAAGCUGGUCGCACCUCAACUUCAAAGCUCGCAGCCCAGAACAAGUGCCGACCUCCAGGAGGGCUUCAGACAUCAUGGCAAAAAGUGAGCUUCCAGCACCAAUUCCCUGUCAAGCCCGCCUUCCUGACCAUGAUCCAGACCGUAAACAACGAAGUUGGCUUGCCAGCUGCUGAUUCAACCCCCUGGUUUACUGUGGGCGUCAACAGUGUGAACCCGGCUGAUGCCUGGGUGGCCCUGGAUAUGGCCGAAACAUCUGAGCAUGGAGGCUCUAACGUUCAGGAUGAGGAGGUUGGUUGGAUUGCAGUCCAGCAGGGAGCCCAUGGUUUUACGGCCGGCACAGGUCAAUCUGUUCAAUGUGCAUCUGUCCUGUCCACGAGAAGUGUGCCUGGCUGGAGCAAUGGCGGGGCCACUGUGCCUCUUGGAACGACCGUUGGAGCCCGCCCACUGGCCAUUGCGAGCCAGUCCAAAAGGUGGGGCUCUGAUGGAGGGUGGGCACGCAUCCUUCGUGCUGCUUCCUCGUCGGUCGAUGUGGCCAUAGAUGAGGACAUCAACUGCGACACGGAGAGGGGGCACACAAACGAGGAAGUGAGCGUAGUUGCAUUCUCCGGCCAGUUCAUCAUUUGA